AUGCAAAGUAAAUGGCCACUAUAGUAUGAUAUAUUGACCGAUGUGCAGGAAGGAAGUCGGGGACUCUGAUUCUCUGCGCGGUAGAGCGAGAACAUGCCUCGGCGUCGUCACGAAGAUGAGCAGGCGUUGAUCUGCGAGCAUCUGUCCAAAUCGACUGGUGCUUCACUCGGGCACAGCAGGCGAUUGCCAAGCAAACGCAUUGGUGAAACCAUCCGAUGGAGGGAUUUGAGAAUCUGGAUGUACAGUGUCUCAGUUCUCCUCAUUUGGCACCAUAUUUACGAGGCAAUGUUUCGGCAAGCGGCAUCAAUGAGUCAACGGAUCUGACACGCUAAUGGCAGCGAUGAGACAUAGGUCUGUGAUCCUUGUCGUUGGCAAUUGAUGGCAGUGCACCUUUCAGCUGUGCAAGAGAAUAAGCCCAUGGCUGCUCUGGGCCUGUAGAGAUUCAGCCAUUUGUUGCUUCUGUAGACCUUCAAGGAGUCAUGUCGAAGGACACCGGAUAGGUGAUGGAUAGAAG